AUGUUGGCCGACAUCGAGGCCCUGGCGGUCCGCCCGGAAGGCGAAGACGCGACGCCCGCGGCGGGCCCCCCUGCCCCACCCGCUUCGUCGUCUUCGGCUUCCGCGGUGCGGGGGAGGACGUACGCGGGGCUGCUUUCGCGACUUCAUCAACACGCCAGGGGGCAUCUUUGCGAGGUCGCGAAUGCCUUUCGCGCGAUUUUGAUCGAGGCCGAGCGCGCGUUUUUUCGUAAACGCCGCCUCGGCCUGAGCCGGCCCCUCCUUCUUUGUCUUUUUACCAUCGCGAAGCUCUUCCCGAUGACGGAUUACCGACAUGCGGUGGGGACGCCGUUUCUGAUUUUCCUCUCCUCCGCGCUCAUGCAGAUGCGGUUGGAAAACUUGGAGGGGGUGCAUAGCUACGUGGGAUUGAAUGCGAUUCUCAUCGAAAGUUUGCGCGAUGGAAAUGGAAAAUUCGCGGCGGAAGCGGUGGUGGCGGCGUUUAACCUGCUCGCUUUGCAGCUCCCACGCCGUGUGCUCGAACCCACCAAACAUCAGGGCCUCAAACUCCCAAUCCUGCUCGUCGAGCGCGGCGAGGACGCCCUACUUGGCGAUUUUCACCCCCAAACGCCCAAAAGUAAGGACGAAAGCGCGGAAAAUGGCGAAUUGCGCAAUCGCUGGAGAAUGCUCGAAACGCAUCACGACGCGGAGAAUCUUGUCCUGUGCGCGUAUCACCAACUGGACGUUUUGGUCGAUCUGUAUCGCGGGAUGGCGGCCUUCCCGGCGAUCUUCGACGCCCCUUUUAAGGCCCUCGAGGACCUCCUUCGCCAACACCACCCCGCGUUUAACCCCACUUCCUCCUCCUCUUCAUUGGAGGACGAAAAGUGGGAGGCCAUACGACGCGCGCACGCGGCGAUUUCGGCCAAGAUCAAAGAAUAUUGCGUUAACGCCGAGGCCCAUCGCACGCCGCUGGCGCUUCGGACCUUUCGCGUUCGCCCGAUUCGGCAAUUCGAGCCGCUACUCGCGGAGCGGGAGGAAAAUGCGGUGAAGUCGGAGAUUCGUGAGAUCAAACACGAAAUUCGCGAGGAUAAGAAGCGCGUUAUUCGACACCUCACGGCCGAGGCCACGGUGGAGCGGCGGGCGCGAGAAAAAGAGCACGAAAUCGCGGAAACGCAGCGCGAGCGGCGGUAUAAUCAGGUGAUGGGCCAACUUCAGGCCCAACAACACAUCAUGAAAACGGUCGAUGCGAUUAUGGCAAGAGGGAAAGCACGCCCGAAGAAGGGGAUCUCCGGUGCGCCAAAUCCUCCAGCCGGGGGGGAAGGUGAUGGGGCGUGA